CGAGGUGGAUUAAUUACGAGACUUUAAGAGAGGUGUCGUAUACGAGUUCAUCUUAGGUCUGGACUUGACGAGGGAAGAGGUACAUGCAGUGCAAGGGUACGUAUCUCGUCGCACGUCGAUCAUUUUGCGCCCCGUGGCGGCGCGGCGGCGCGCGUCCACGUCCAUGUAUCUCGGCCCGCUCACUCCAGGAAACAUUUCGUUCCGAGUCUGGACCUACCUGUCGGAGCGGAGAAGACAUGGGCGACCUUUGUCAUCGCUGCACCGCAUAUUGGUCACAUACUGGGUCGCGACGAUGAUAUUGCGCAGAUGUAGAUGCUGCUCGACACGUCACGGAGUUCCGAUACAACGAACGCGAAAAAUGGAGAGUAAAUUCAUCUGUCACGAUACCACUCGAAUUUACACUAUAGGUCAUGGUGGUCGUCGUGAUUGGAACAUGUUUGAUCACUCUGCGCAUGUUUGCUCUGGCAUCCGCUUUGAUCUUGUAGUCUUAUACAUAUGCGAAUCCUGUACAUAUAAUCUCGCUACCAAAAACCAAAGCCGUUAAUCAGAACACAUGCGCGCGAAAGCGGCUUGAGGCUCGUCCCUGAGAGUAACAUAU